AUGAGUUCAGUGAGGAGCAGUUCGGCCUCAAAAAUACGCAUUUGUCCUUCGAGAUACGAGUUCAACGAUCCAGCAACCGAACGAGAGGAAAAAUGUCGACUGUUGAAGGAGUUCGAGCGAAAAAUGAAAACUGUGGUAAAGCGUGACACACUCCAGCGAACGAUGGACCGCACUCUAUCACCAAAACUAGACAAAAGGACAAAGCGUUGCAUGCGUGCGGUUUCUCCAGAGUUUCAACCUCCUUCACUUCCUCCCACCCAACUCGUGGCUGAAACCACCAGCUUACCGGGAGACGCCGCUCCAUUAGCAUCAACCCAUCCAACCACUCUUCAGGUGACGAUAGACGCCCGCACCAAACCACGCGCUCAACCACCGAGGGUGGAAAAUUGGAUGGAAAACUUUCUCCGGAAGCCAACCCGUGAACGCGUCCGGUGGCGUUCGAAACUGUACGAACUGGAACCACGCUGCUCGGACCGUCCCCCAUCGGAACGGGUCGAACAGCUGAUCGACGUCGGAGCGCAGGACUUUGUCGACUGGCUCAACACACUCGGUGCGGAACGUUCCAGCCUAACGACGGACGUCGUGAAGGGACUGUUCUCGAUUGAAGCGGCUGACGAAACAUCGCGAGCCCUUAGCAUUGCGCCGAAAGAGAUCCGUGCCGUGCCGGGGCAAGUGGCGACGGAAUGGAACGUGCCACAGCUGGCGUUGGAAAAUCGUAUCGCACAGCUUCAGCACCAUGACCGGAUGCUGGCCGACGGUGGUACGAAGCGAAUCGCUUUUGGGCGAAGCCUUCCACAGGAGUUGCGAAGCGGCUGGUUGACGCAGGAUGUCGGUGAUGUUGGGGGUGAGGUGGAACGGCCAGACGUUCCGGACGAUUUGAUGAGUUUGAAACGGUUGUUCCGUGACAUCUGGCACCUGCGCUCGGUCAAGUAUUUGGUGGACUAUCUUGCCGAGCGACCGUCGUUGCCGCGGCCACGGUUUUUAGAGGAGAAGGGACUGUUUCAGCGCCAGGAUGUCGAUGAACCGGUUCCGUUCUAUAGAAAAGUUCUAUCGCAGAAAGCGAUUGCUGAAAGUGUUAGACGCCAGUGA